UCAACCGCGAAAACACAAUUUUCAAAUUGGAAAGGAAAAGGAUAAAAAGUGGUUUAAGGGUUAAAAAUGUAAAAAAAAAAAAAAAUCAAAUACACUAUUGGAUCUUAAUUGUCACAUUGCUCCCUAAACCCCUAACCGAACUAAUCAAAUGCGAGUAGUCAGGUAACUUGCCCAAAACGAGGGCCUCAGCCCUCCAUAUAUUUCCCCCGGCUCCGGUUCAAGUUCUCCUUGCUACCAAAAUCCAAAGGAAUCGUCCCCCUCAUUGAGCAACGUUGUGAAUUCUCGUAUACUUCCUAUCUCUAAGCAUUAGAGAUUUCAACACUCAAACAUAUCAAAAUUAUUAACAAAGCAUGAUGGUGCUGUUCCAAAAUUUAAAAUGUGGCACAAAUUUUUUUCCCCGCAAAUUUAUUAAAUAAUAAUAAUAAAUACAUAAGUUCAUAAAAUGAUAAAAAAAAGAAAUAAUAUCAUAUGUCAUUAUUUAAAAAUAACAAUAGUCUAAUAUUAUCUGAAAUAAAAUCCUCUAUAUGUUAUAGGAGAUAAGUAUAAGGAUAAUUAUAUGAGAGUUUGUUUCUCUUCAGAGAUUUGAGAGUUAUAUAAAUUAUAGUAUAACUUAAUAUUUUCUUGAGGCUUUGGAUUGCAUGAUGGAUUUCUUUAGGGUUAAUAUUAUCUGAAAUAAAAUCCUCUCCUUCUCGCCAUCUCACGAACAUCUUGCUAACCUUCAAGUCAUGCACGAGUACUACUUCAUCAGCCACAUCUUCCUUCUAAGAAAUGAUUCAUUAAACCAUUUGUUCUAUUGACUUCUGGAUUAUCCACAAUGCUACAAAACAACAGAAAUUCAACUGUUCAUCUCUCCUAUUUAGUGUAGUAAUCAUGACCAGUGAAGAGAACUAUGGUGGAAUUCUUCCAUAUGAUGGACUUAUCACCAAGCUUCUCCAAAAUCUGAGAGUCAGAAUCUCCGAAUACAAGAUGGUAACAUCCAGCCUGACCCUGAGUGCUCGAAACGUCCUCAUCAUUAGGCUUGAUCUGCCCCCAAGAUCGCAGAGAUGGCAUACCACCAGCUCGCCACCGACAACGCCCUCAAUAUCUUGUCAAGCUGCAUCGCUCUGGAGUACGUGGAUUUUACAGGGUGCUUGGAUGUGGCGCUCGAUGGAAAAUUCUUUCUGGACAAGUUCCCUAAGGUGAUCGUCUUGGGCCCACACGUGAUGGAUUUGUACUACCAGAUGUACAGCUCCGAGGAUGAUGAUGAGGUGUUGGAUGAUGAUGAAUAGAUUCCGGAGGAGAUAUAACGGUUGAGUUUUAUGGUGGAGAACUGAAUGGAGUCAGUUAUAGUGAUCCUACUGUUGUGAAAAAAUAUGCUAGACAUACUUAAUUGGGUGAAAAUUAGAUAGUACUAUAUGUAAGUGGGAUGUAACUCACUUUCUUCCCUCCCUCUAUCUCACUUUCUUUCUUCCCCCUCUUUACCUCACUUUCUUCCCUCUCUCUAACUCACACUCAACUGCCCCCUCUCUUCCACCCUCCCUCAUUCCUUCCUUCCUCCAUCAUCGCCCUCCACUCCGUAGUUGAUUUCUCUCCGAAGCUGCAAACACUCCCACUGCAAGAAAAUUAGAUUUCGACG